AUGGAGCCGAACAAUCUCGUUCCCGGAUACCAGCAAGAUGAUAAUCUAAAGAUUGACAACAUCGAAAGCCAUCACGCCGGUCUCUCAUCUAGCGAAUCCGUCAUUGCCCAAGUCGCCCAAGUCAUAACCGCAACCAUGUCCCCCAUCAUGCUCGUCAAACUCAAAACGCCCAACGCGCCAAACAGAGCAAUCCUCAAACUCUACGACCGACGGUUUGGCUCUUCGCUUCGCAGGAGCAAGAAAGGCAAACAUCUUCCGUGCCGUGUUCAGGACGAGGCCGCUUUUCGCUCUUUCGUCGAUCGAGGCGAUAUCGGUCCUUUCAUGGAUGAGAUGGAAAAGGACCGUCGCACAGAGCUGCUCCCCAACUCGGCGGCUGAUUGGAGAUUGGAGUCUGGGGGACAAGCCAAGUUUGAAGCUGCUUUGUGGUGGGAGGCCAGAUCGCACUUUGAGACGGGGAUUGAGGCCUACAGGCGUCUCAAGGAUCCCCAAGGUGUUUUUAUUCCCUGCAUGUAUACCUCUAUUUGCUUCUCACCUACUAGCGCCAGGGCCAGCAAAGACAUCGACGACUACUAUAGUGUUAACGUUAUUCUUCUCCAGUUCAUUCCCGGUUGGAGCCUCUGGGAUCUGCCCGAAUCACCCUCUUCGCCAACCUUGCAGCGAGAAUGGACCUCGAUCGUCCAGCCCGUUAUUUAA